UUUAGUUAACAAAUAAAGUGUUUAGUAGAAAAGACCAGAGUUAAAGAGAGGCCGCCAGCCUACCAUUAAGCUGAGGGGUGAUAACAGUGGGAAAAACGCUCUAAAGUGUUUUUCGUGGUUGUGUCAUUCAUUUGCUAGACCCAUUCGCAAUAUCUAUGUAAUCCAAACAUUAGACAAAAUGAGUGAAGAAGAAGACUUGUUUGUUCCUGAAUAUCCAAUUAGUGCCAGUGAAGAUGAGGAAGACAGUGAUGUUGAGAGGAAGCACCAGAGACUGCUGGAUGCUAUUUCUUCUUUGGAUGGAAAGAAAAGGAGGAAGUUGGCAGAGCGGACAGAGGCCAGUCUGCAGGUUUCUGAAUUUGGCAUCAGUUCAGAAGGUGCUGGAGACAAGAUUAGCCUUUCUGAUCUUAUUGAGCCCAUUCAGAAAUCCAAUUCCUUUUCAACUGUGAAGAAGCAACUGAAUAAUCUCAAUCAAAAGAAAAGUGUGGAACUUCCCCUCAGUAAGGAGGAAACCCAGAGGAUACAAAGAGCAGCGGCAUACCAAGAGGCAUCCGAGGAAGUUGAAAAAUGGGAUCAUAUUGUGAAACAGAAUCGGAAAGCUGAUCAGUUAGUAUUUCCACUCAAUCAAGAGAUUCUAAAACCUACUCCAAUUGAAGAAAAGAUAACUGGUUGGACGGCACGCACACCACUGGAACAGGAGAUUUUUAGCAUUCUCCAGAAAAACAAGCAGCCACUAACUGAUCCUCUACUUACCCCAGUGGAAGAGGCUUCUCUAAAAGCCAUGAGUUUGGAGGAGGCCAAGCUUCGGCGGGCAGAGCUCCAGAAAGCCAGAGCACUACAGUCUUAUUAUGAAGCAAAAGCACGGAGAGAAAAGAAAAUUAAAAGCAAAAAGUUCCAUAAGGUGCUGAAUAGAAGUAAGCAGAAAGAAACGCUGAAGGAGUUUGAGGAACUGAAAAAGACCAAUCCAGAAGCUGCACUAGAGGAACUGCAAAAGCUUGAAAAAGCAAGAAUGGAGGAGCGCAUGUCCCUAAAACAUCAAAACAGUGGUAAAUGGGCCAAAUCAAAAGCCAUUAUGGCAAAAUAUGAUGAUGAUGCCCGUAAAGCAAUGCAGGAGCAGCUGCAAAAAAAUAAGGAGCUGACGAGGAAAAUCGAGGUUGUGUCAGAAAGUGAGGGAAGUGAAGAAGAGGAAAUUAUCCCUGAUUUUGUUAAUGAUGCACAAGUAAACCUUGAGGGGCCAAACCCAUGGAUGACAGGAAAACUGAGCAGUGAAACAAAGGACGUUGCUCAAGAUGUAGAUUGCAAGAUGCAGUCUGAUACAGAGGAAGAUAACAAUAUCAAGGCAACAGAGAAAGAUAGUGACCCUGAAGAGGAGCUUUCAGAAGAUGAAGUUUUGCUCAAAGAAUUUGAGGAUAAAAGAUGCGAGAGAAGAGAACAAGCAAAAGAAAUGUGUCUUGAUAGUGAGCCUGGUCAUCCUUCAGUACUGGAUCAAGAAAAAGUGGAGGCAGAGGCUGAUGAGACUGGGGAGGAGCAGGUUUCUGAAUUUAAUCAACUUUUCCAAAAACUCUUAGAGCAAAAUAAAAGCCAAAAAAAAGAAAGGAAGAAGAAGUCUGGUGGUAAAACAAAUGAACCGGUCACUGAAGCUGAGGAAAUAGCAGUUGAGGGACCACUGCUGGUGGGGCGACUAGAAAGAAAACAAGACUUAGAAGAAGUAAGUGCCUUGGCUGGCGAAGAAUGGGAAGAUGAACAAUCCACAUCAUUAAUGGUAUCUACUAAGGAUGAUCAGACAAAAAAAGUAUCACAGUCAGGAAAAAAGAAAGUGGCCAAGAAAUCUGAGAUUAUUGAUUACAAUAAGAUUCUUCCUGUGAAAGCAACUAGAAUCCAUACCCCGUUACUGCCAACUACUGUGGAUGAUGAGGAGGAUGAAGAACAAUUAGAUGAUCAAAAGAUGAUAAUCAAGGAAGCAUUUGCAGGUGAUGAUGUAGUCAAUGACUUUCUGAAAGAGAAGCGCAGUGCAGAGCAAGCAGGGAAACCAAAGGACAUCAGCCUAGUGCUGCCUGGCUGGGGAGAAUGGGGAGGGACUAAUUUAAAGGUCAGCAAGAAGAAAAAACGAAAGUUUAUUAUCAAAGCCCCUCCAGCACCACCAAGAAAGGAUCAACGUCUUCCUAAUGUUAUCAUAAAUGAGAAGAGGAAUGUCAUGGCAGCUGCUCAUCAGGUCAACCAGCUUCCUUUCCCCUUUAAUAACCGUCAGCAUUUUGAGAGCAGCAUUCGAGCCCCAGUUGGCAGUACUUGGAACACACAAAAGGCUUUCCAAAAACUGACUGCUCCCCGAGUUGUCACCAAACAGGGACAUAUCAUAGAACCAAUCACACAAGAUGUUUUCCAGAAGCACACCUCAACAAAAAAACCUGCCGUGGAACUGAACAGCCGGAAAAAACAAGGAAAUGACUCUUUCCACAAAUCAACUAGCAAAAGAAAGAAAAUGUCUUCGUAAUCUGUUGCACAUUAGUUUGUUUCUUUUACCUACAGUGACAGUAGAACAUCAUUUUUUAAUUAUACUGUUUCCCAGUGACUUUUUUCCUUAACGACUUGACAAGGAAUAUCAAAGAGCAUAAAGCUUGGUCAAAAAAAUUUGCUGUGUCAUGUUCCCAGUUUUACUGAUGUAAAAAUCCAUCUGAAAAUUAAAUGUAAGUUCAUGGAAUAUAGGACUUGCAGAGACCAUAAAAAGAACAUAAAGGUAUUUUAUCCUCAAAAUUAUUCUGUUUAUGAGGUGCUGGUUUCCUACUCUUGUAGACAUUGCCUGGCACAUUCAGUUCCACGUUAUAUCAAUAUGAAUAUUGCUAAAUUUGCCAACUCCGAACUGCUUGGCUGUCAAAGGUGAAAAAAAAGAGUGCUAUGUGAAAGAUGACUAAAUUUGCCAUGCCUGAGGAUGGUGCCGAUAUAGAGCCAUACCUCACUCUGUUUUGCCCAUAAAGGAUAAGUAAACCUUUAAAAUAAGUGAAUGUAGAAUUGAAGAGAGUGCUAUUCUAAGCACUUUUGAAAUUUACAUUCAUUAUUUUUUUUUUUAAUUUCAAGAUUCAAAGAUAUUAAUGGAGAAGGAAAGUCUCAAUCACUGAAAGAUGCUGAAAUGUUAGGCACACCCCCUCCCCCCCAAGUGGUGCUUACUUGAUACCCUUUGCCGUUAUUCCUGUUAGCAGAAAGCUGUAUUGGCCUGGGGUUAAUGUGACCGAGCGAUCUUCCAUCUUCGUGCCGAUUGCACAGUUGAGUAGAAAGUUAAACUUUAACAAAAAGAGUAGUCUUUUUUUAUUCUACUGCACAUGCAUAAGAAAGAAUAUUUUGAUAGAAUAAGAGCUUGCACACAAAUAAUCACAGGCACAGUGGUAGUAUUAAAAAGUAAAUAUCUUUUAUAUAGUAUACAGAUUUAACAAAAGUCAAUUUCAAUCAAUAGAAUACAAUACAGUCAAUAACACAUGAUUCUAGAAGAUAAUACAUACCAGAAAAGACACACAGGUAAG